AUGGGAUCAACCGUGGAUAUUGCCUCCUCGUUCAUCGAGGGAGCUCCCCCCUCCGAGCUCGCCGACGUUGUCAAGGACAUCAAGGCCCUGACAUCCGACGAUGAUCCAGCGCUGGUCGCCAAACUAAAGCCGGCCUUUGAAAAAUACAAUGAAGAACAACUCGUCGCUGUCAAGUUGCCUGGAGCGAGUGACCAUGUCCUCGUGUCCGGCUACAACAAGAUCUCCUCCAGUCCUCCACGAUACUACGACUCUGCUUCCUCCACGUCCUUUGAAUUCGACCACACAACCGCCAAAGCCAGCUCUCCUCAAUCCUACACCCACGACACCCAGCAUUCUACGCUGGUGCAAUCCGUCCUCAAAUCCCUGUCAGCACACUUCUCCGAACACUACCCACCCACGUCCUCGUCUGCGUACACCGUCUGCGCCACGCCGGACGACAGCCAGAUUGCGAUUCUGCUCUCCAGCACCAAAUCCAGCCCGAAGAACUUCAUCAGCGGCCAGUGGCGCAGCUUGUUCCUCUUCGACCCGAAAUCGUCUUCGCUGAGCGGCAGCAUACGAGUCAACGUGCACUACUAUGAGGAUGGCAACGUGGCCCUCACGACGAAGAAGGAAGUCGACAGUGUGGACGUCGGUGGGAGCGAUGGUGGCAGCAUCGUGAGGAAGAUUGCGGCGAUCGAAAAGCAGUACCAAGAGGAAGUGAACAGGACGAUUGUGGGCAUGAACGAGAGCAGCUUUAAAAACUUGAGACGGCAGUUACCUGUCACGAGGCAAAAGGUUGAAUGGGAGAAGAUCCGUGGCUAUGGGCUAGGUGGCGAUCUGAGAGGGGAGGCGAAGCGGUGA